AGUGAAAGUGGUGAUAAAGUGGAAAUGCGAAUGUUUUUCAUCGCCAGGAGAAAUCACAUUUUUGCGUGAAAAAACCAGCUUCGCCGGACUUUGCAAUAUCACAACCCGAUAAAUCAGUGGCGUACAGGAAAGCGUUUUCCGCAGAGAGAUCACCGGCGUUCACUCACUCUUGUGUCCGCUGAAAAGCGUGUAUUUUGUUUGGUAAAAAAAGAUCCCGGAGAUUAGAGAAAAAAAAAUUAGAGCAUUGAAAAGUUUAUGAAAAGUGCACGCAGAAUGGAUUGAUUCGCGAAUUAAUUGAAUAUUGAGAAGCUUCGCACAAAACAUUCUUUCCCAAUUGAUUUCCCACACGGAGCACAAGUGAUAAUGGACAGUGAGCCAUUGUCGUCCAAGUUGAUUGAGAAGUCUCUCAACUACCACGGAUUGCCGCUCCAGAAGAUUUGGGAGGGCGAACGUGGUGAGAGUGAUUUGGCAAAAUGGGGCGUGCAAAAUCUCGACUAUUCCGUUUAUCAGUCGCGCCAGAAGAAUCUCACAUUUCAAGAUCGCGCGAAGCGUUUGAAAUUACAUCAGUUCAUAUCGAAAAAUGCACCGCAACUCUUCAGUGAAGGUCUCAUCGAGAGCAAUGCCACGAUUUCGCUUGACGACGAUGAUUUGAUAAAAGAUGCUUCCAAGCAAAUUCCGCUCCUCGAGACGUUCCUGCCAUUAGACAAAAGCGGAAGGACAAAGCACUUUUAUAAUAACAUUCAACCGGGAGAUUUGGUCUUUGCGACUAUUAUGAACAAGUCUGCGCCGGGAUAUAUCCUCAAAGUUGCCUGCACGGCGGGAUCUCGAAACAGAUUCGUCCAAGACUUAACAAUCAAGGCUUAUUUGCCGUACUCAAACACCUAUUCGGCUGAUAAGAAGACUGUAAAUCGAGCCUUGGCAAGUGGAAAUGUGGUUUGCUGUGAGGUGCAAGAAGUGACGCCGGAUACGGAGAAAUUGGUGUGCGAAAUGAAGGGAAACACGCACACAAUUGGUGACAAACAGUACACGACAGGUGUUGUUAGUCCAGAAACUUUUCCUGACUUCUACAAGUUGACAGCGGAAAAGAAGGGUCAGAGCUUUGAGGAAGUGUUGCAGUCUUCGACAACGUUCAAUAAUCCCUUCUGUGAGGAGUAUCUGUUCGAAAGUGUUGGCUUAUCGCCACACGAACACUACACAAUAAUGUCAAGUCUGCGCGGAAGAUUCCCGCAGCAGGAGUAUUCCAAUGAGUUGCGUCAGGUGCAGGCCAGCAAGUGGGCAUUUCGAUCUGUCGCCGAAGGAAUAGAACACUUCAAGGUUGGGCGGCAUUCGGAGGCAUUUCAGUGCUUGAACAAAGCUCUCAACAUCGAUCCGCGCAAUGUGGAGGGAUUGGUGGCGCGCGGAGCUCUGUACGCCAACAGUGGGUCCUUCAAGAAGGCAGUGGAUGACUUCGAGACGGCUCUGAAGCUGAAUCCAAGCCAUGCGAAUGCUCGGAAGUACAUGGGAGAGACUUUAGUGGCCCUCGGUCGCAGCUACGAGGAGGAGAAUAAGGUGGAGGAGGCGAGGAAGGCCUAUCAGGACUGUCUUGUUAUCAUUCCACACCACGAAGAGGCUAUCAAUUCUCUGGAGUAUCUCAAGAAUCGAUCCCAGAAGCCGUCGAUGCUGUUUGAGCCAGGAGAAUUGGAACUUCCUGCACUGAAUUUCAACACCAAGACGAUGGGCGAGAGGAAAUUGGACGAUGUGCUGGGCGGAAGCUCGAAGAAGGACAAGAAGUCGAAGAAGAAGAAGCCAAAGAGCAAGACCAGCAAGAAGUACAGUUCAUCGAGUGGAUCCAGCAGUGAUUCGAGUGAGAGUAGUGAAUCUGACAGUGAUUCAUCAAGCGAUAGCGAAUCAUCGACGUCAUCUGAUGCUUUUUGUGGAGGGAUAAAAUGUAACGAAACACAUACCCCUCCUCAUCCAGGUUCAGAUGAGUCCCAUGGCAAGAAGAAGAAGGGCUCGAAGAAGAAGCGCGAGAAGUCGAUGUCGCCGCUGAGCAAGAGGAUGGCAAUGAUGAGAAAUGAUGCUGUGCCGCAGGCUCCGCCACCGCCGCCCGUUGUUGAUGAGUACGAGAUGAAGGUGCGUCAGUUUCUGGAGAUGACGCGCGAUGAGGACAACUACGAGGAGAAGGUGAGGAAGUUUGUCGAGGAGGCGUCCAAGUAUCGCAAGGAGAGGAAGUUGCUGGAGGAGAAGACGCGCAAGAAGAAGAAGAAGGAUGGGAAGAAGUCGAAGAAGGAGAGUCGCAAGAAGCGCAAGGAGAAGGAUCAGAAGAAGAAGACCACGAAGAAGGACAAGAUUGAGCUGGAUGAGUUGGAGAAUAAGAAACUCCGUGAAGCUCUCAAGAUCUUUGAGAAGUUGCCGGUGCUGGACGAGUUGGGAUCCAAGUUGACCUCAAUUUACGGGAAAGCGUCGGAGGGUGAUUCGAAAAUGGAUGAAGAUUCAAAGGGGAAGAUGAAGCGACAGACGCCAGAGAAGGAUUAUCCGGAGGGCAAAUGGAAGAUGAUUUUCAACAAGGAUCAGAAGAAGGACGUGAAGCCGUCCACAUCGAAGGGACCUCUGCCGAAGCAACAUCCCUUCAUGGGUGAUUCUGAGGAUUCCGACCCGGAGGACAACAAUCUGGGUCAACCACCACCGUCGGCCUCUUCGUCUGGCUCAUUCUACAAGUCACGCGAUGACGACAAGAGACGCCGCUCGAGUCCGCAUGGGCAAAAGAAGUACGACACGUCAAAGACAUCGGCUAAGAAUACACCUGUGGUGUUGGAUAAGUUUGGCAGCUUCCGUCUGGCAACAACUGAUCGCAUGUCGCCCAAAGGUCCGGCGCCGUUUCAGCGGAAGAGUCGCAGUCGCUCGAAGAGCAGGAAACGCAGCAGCUCGAGUCACUCGAGAUCACGCACACCACCGAGGCGUCGAUCGCGUUCGCUGAGUUAUGGCAAGAGGCGAUACAGUCGCUCCAGAUCCUCCAGAUCUCGCUCAUAUCGCAGUCACAGCAAGUCCUACAGUCGCUCACGCUCGCGCAGUCUCGAUCGCCACAGAUUUGAGAAGAGAAACUUCCGCGGAGGUCACGGAUACGAUCGCGAUCGCGGAUCUUUCUACAAGACGCGCUUCAAUCCGCGCGGAGGAUAUCGCGGACGUGGCGGCAACAACUUCCGCGACACGAGAGACUUCCGCGGUCGCGGCAGGGAUCGUCCGUUCAGGCCGAGGGGUCGCGGCAAUCCGCGAUAUGUGCCGCGUGGUCGAGAUGAUCACAGGGAUCGGCGCUUCGAUCGGGAUGGCAGCUUUGACAGGAACAGCGAUUACGAGGACAGGCAGAGGGAUCGCUUCGCAAAGAGGUCGUCGAAGGAGUAUCGCAGGAGUGGCACGCCGCCCAAAGUGGGGGAGAAGAGCAAGACGCCGGCCGAUGAUGUGAGCACUUCGGUGUCAAUGGCGGAGGACAAGUGAGCGAACUUCCUUUUUGAUCUAUAUUUCAUACUAUACAUGUCGUAUGGUUUUUAUUAUCUUCUGCAAUUAACCACCCUGAAAGUCAUUGAGGAAUUGGCAUAAUGGAUUCUCUAGUUAACUGGAUGAAAAAUGGAUUCACGAGUGAAAUAAAUAUUCUUGAGUGACUUGGAAAAAGGCUAAUAA